AGAAGUUUCCAGAGCUCCGUUGGAGCUGCAGGCUAAGGUAAGCUAACAGGGUAGCUGCUGUCCGCAGACAUGUUCGGCUGUCUGGUGGCCGGUAGGCUGGUUCAGACCGACUCGGUCCAGGUCGCCUCUGAUAAAUUCGUCUUUAAUCUGGCAGAUUAUGAGAAUGUGAACCAUGUGGUGGUGUUCAUGCUGGGCACCGUCCCGUUCCCCGCCGGAAUGGGAGGAGCCGUAUACUUCUCGUUCCCCGACCCGCUGAGCGGCGCUCCGGUGUGGCAGCUCCUCGGCUUCAUCACUAACGAGAAGCCCAGCGCCAUCUUCAAGAUCUCCGGGCUCAAGGCAGGGGAGGGCGGGGCGCACCCCUUCGGCGUGAUGGCUUCAGCCGCCCCAUCUGUGGCUCAGGUCGGCGUGUCCGUGGAAAGUCUGGAUCAACUGGCCCAGCAGAUCCCCGUGUCCAGCGCCGCCGUGUCCUCCGUGGACACGUUCAUGCAGUUCACCCAGAAGAUGCUGGACAGCCUCUACAACUUCGCCUCAUCGUUCGCUGUGUCGCAGGCGCAGAUGACGCCGAACCCCACGGAGACCUUCAUCCCCUCCAGCUGCAUCCUCAAGUGGUAUGAGAACUUCCAGAGAAGGAUGGCGCAGAACCCGAACUUCUGGAAGAGCUGAACCUUUCUGUCCCACGGUGGACAGAAGAGACCAGUGCAGGGGCCCCACGAAGGGUCCCUCAGGAGCCCGUUUCACAAAUUCACCAAAACUUCCUUCCCCAAUAAAAGCCGAUCUGCCAUAAAACUGUUGAGGUUUUCAGCUCCAAUCGGCGUUUAGUGGGACAGAAACAGCUGUGCCUUUCCUAGGUCCAUUAGCUCCUCGUGCAGAACACGUGCUCCAGCCUCUGAGCUGGGAAACAUCAGGCUUCCUGGGAUGUUUGAAUAAACACUGAAAUACACUUUUUCUAUUAAAACAUAUCUGAGCUUUUCUCUGACCUUCUGUACCAAACAACCUUUGGCAACAUUAAAUACAGAUAAAAUCCCAAAUAUUUAAUCAUCUGAAAGAAUCUAGUCUCUGAUCAGGAGAAUCCAUGGGUGCUGAAGCAAUCCUAGUUGUUUUUUUUUUAAUAUUGUAUGCACUUUUUACAAUAAAAAAGGACACCGUAAA